AUGGUCUUGCGGAUGCGUCUGCUGCUUCUACUUCUAGUAGGCGCCGCUGCGCACGCGCAGAUCACGCUCUAUGAGCUUCCGGCGUUCCGCGGUCGGUCCCUCUUGCUCACCGACGACGUGGUCAACGUCUCGAGCCUCCUACGAUCAGGCCACAACGUGGUGCAGUCGCUAGCCAUUGACGGCCCCUACGUCGUCACAACGUUCGACCAGGUCGACUUUCGAGGCCUGCACGCCACUUGGCGCUACUCGACCAGCUUUACCGCAGCGUGGACGCAUCGGAUCCGGUCGCUCCGCGUCUCAAACGCCAGUGCGAGGAUCGAAGCGCCGCCGAGUGCACUCGACUGGAAGUUGGCGGCGACCCGCGACGGCUUCAUUAUGGUGCGCAGCUCGACGACGAACGCGGGGCAUCCCGAGUGCCACUCGACGGACGCAGUGACGUGCACGACACGCGCGCACCUCUACGACUUGCUCGACCGCAACGAGGAGAUUGAGAGCCUCCGCCCGGCGCCGUGCGGCCCGCCUCGGAUCGAGCACUGGAACAGCAGUGGCUAUGGGCGGCACGAGUGGUGCGCCAAGGCUCGCUUCGGCCUGAGCGCGAGCGGGCGCCACGGCUGGCAUUACAUUCCGGCCAAAGAUCCCAGCGGCAUUGUCAUCAAGGUGCUCGACGAGUCGCUGUGCGUGCAGGCGCGGACGAGCGCAUGCGACCCGUUCCCGUCCGUCGAGGUGGCCGAUGCGUGCGCGCGGGCGCUGCUGUGGAGCAACGAGAACGGCACGUAUGACCUCGACGCGUUCUACCAGUACGCAGCGCUGGAGGACCACGGCAAGUCCUCCAGCUUCAUUGAGUCGUUCGUCUUUGGCUUCUUGGUGGCGUCGACACUCCUCGUCGUCCUCGCAGUCCUCGUCGUCAUCCGCCUUCGCGCCAAAGCCAGUCGCGACGUCGACGCGACGUACUGCUCGAGCUGCAACGACCUCGACGAGUCGCAGGCGCCGUAUACGUAG